GGAGGAUGUCGAAACCAGGUGCCAUGACCAGCCAACUACCAGUCUUCAAAUUUCAAAACCUACCAUUCUCUCUUCUAGCAUUUUUCUUUUUCUUUUUCUUUUUUUUGUCUUUUCUUUGACGAUGAAUAGGUAUUCCCAGACCCAGAUAAAGUUCGACAGCUUUUCUUCUUUCUCUCUCUCUCUCUCUCCGAUCAAUACAGAAGUUCAAUAUCGAUCUCGACUACUUACUGAUCCAUUCAAAUGGCGAGGACAGGCAACAAGAAUAUCCAGGCCAAACUGGUUCUUCUUGGGGGCAUGGGGACUGGAAAGACUAGUUUGGUAUUAAGAUUUGUCAAGGGCCAGUUUUUUGAUUACCAGGAAUCAACUAUAGGAGCAGCCUUCUUUACUCAGAUAUUGUCAUUAAAUGAAGCCACUGUGAAAUUUGACAUAUGGGAUACAGCAGGACAAGAACGAUAUCAUAGCCUGGCCCCAAUGUACUACCGUGGUGCUGCAGCUGCUAUUGUGGUGUAUGACAUAUCAAGUGCAGACUCAUUUAUUCGGGCCAAGAAAUGGGUUCAAGAACUGCAAAGACAAGGGAAUCCAAAUUUGGUAAUGAUGUUAGUGGCAAACAAGGCCGACUUGGAAGAUAAGAGAAAGGUGGCUAAUGAGGAAGGUGAGCAAUACGCCCAAGAAAAUGGGCUAUUUUUCAUAGAAACUUCAGCAAAAACUUCACAAAAUGUUAACGAGUUGUUCUAUGAAAUAGCAAAGCUAUUGGCAAAGGCCUGCCCUACACGCCCCAAAGGAAUGAAUCUACAUGAUGAAGCACGGGGAAGGGGGAGAAGACGGUUUUGUUGCUCAGCAUAAUAACAUAGCCACCUGGCCAAGAUCUUCACUGUGGGUGAUUCUCCAGUGUGGAUGAUAAAUUUAUUGACACUUUUACCCAGCACUUAAACCAUGUCUUGUAAAUACUUGCAGUCUGGACAUUACAAGAUUCCUUUUAACGGCUUUGCUGUCUCCUUUGAACUGUUUACUGUGCUCGUGUAAGUGAAAGGAGGAGCAUGGGAGCCAAAAAGAAUAAAAUGAAUUUUCUACAAUUAAUGGGAUAUAUUCUAACCAAUGAAGCAGACCUUAGUUGUCAACAAAAGUUUCUAUUUCAACUUA